GUGUCCGUGUCAUCGUCGCCUCUUAACCUUUCUCAGUUCAGAUCGAUUCCUUGAUCUGCAUGCCACUCAUAUAAUACAUGUGCCCACUCAGGCAUGAUGAUCCACACACACACUAGCCAUGCCGGUCAUGGACGAUGACGACGACAUGAUGCUGCACCUGCACGUGGAGCGGCUGGCGCGGCGCCUGACGCAGCGGCAGCAGGACGCGGCGGUGACGGAGCAGCACCGGAUCAUGAUGAACACCCACCGCGUGUCCCGCGUCCCGGGCCACAUCCGCACCCUCAACCCGGACGCCUACACGCCGGGGCUCGUCGCCAUCGGCCCGCUCCACGCCAGGGAUGCCGAGCGCCGCCUCCGCCAGGGGAACCAGCUCAAGUUGGCAUACCUCAACAGCCUCAUCUCCCGCGGCCACCCCGAUGACUCCCGGCACCUCGCCCUCGCCGUCAUCAAGGACUACGUCCGCCUCGUCGCCGCGCGCGAGUGGGAGGCCCGCGCCAUGUACGCCGCCGAGGACGUCGACGACUUGAGUACCGAGGACUUUAUCGAGAUGCUGGUGCUCGACGGCUGCUUCAUCAUCGAGCACCUCGUCAAUGUCGCCACGGGCAAGGAGGAGCAGUGGCUACACGCCACGCCGUUCGGCCCGGCGCAGCUCUCCGUGGACCUCGUCCUAGCCGAGAACCAGAUCCCGUUCUUCGUCCUCGUCGACCUCAUCACAAGCACGAGGUUGCCGGAGUUCGAUUCCUUGGGCUACGAUCCGCCGGUCCUGCUCAUGAAGCUGGUGCUCUUCUACCUCGGCGGGGAGCUGGGCCGCGAUAUGACCGAGGCGCUGCCGCCCGCCAACGCCGUCUGCCACAUCCUGCACCUGGUCCACGCGAUGGUCACCGCGGCGCGCACCCGGUGGGAGCCGCCGCCGCGGAUCCAUGCCGGUGGGGUACUGAUGGAGAAGAUGCAGGAGGCGGCGCGGCUGCUGCGGCGCCUCCUGCUUCUCCUCCUGGUGCUGCUGCUGUACCCGACCCUACCCGAGGAGAGCCGGUGGAGCGCGAGGUACGGGCCGGAGGUCCUGCCGUCGGCGAGAGACCUGAAGCGGAUGUUGCUGCGGUUCACCAAGUCGCCCGGAAACCCGAGCAAGGCCGUGGCGGGCAUCGCGUCAGUGCUGGGCCAUGUGCCGCUUGCCACAAAGCUGGCGCAUCAGGACUUGCUGCUCUUGCCGCAGCUGCGGAUCGAGUUCGGGACGGCGGCUCUGCUGCUGAACCUGAUGGCGUACGAGCAGUCCGCGGAACAGCGCGCCGGCGACGUGUCGGCGUACGUGUGGUUCAUGUCGAAGCUGGUGCAGUCGUCAGAGGACGCGACCGUGCUGAUGGCGGCGGAUGUGGUGCGGAGCGGCACGUCGGGGAGGGAGGGCAUGGAGGAAGUGGCGCGCUUCUUCCAGCAGGUUGGCACGGCGAGCGAGGCGGCGGCUGAGCUGGAUAAGAGCUACCUGGGCGAGAUGCUGCAGAAGCUGCGGGAGCGGAGCCAAUACCCGCUGUUGAUGAAGCUGGCCGACGUGAAGCGCUACUAUGUCAACGUGCCCUGGCUUCUCGUCGCCUUCGUCACCGUUGUCACGACCGUCGCGACCGUUCUCCAGAUCUUCGCACCCUUCAAGCAAAAGCCAUGAAGGUUCAAGUAUUAUUGGACCUAAAAAAAGAUUCUUCAUGUCAAUAAAGAUUAUUGGGUGUUUGCAGAGGAGGACCUAAAGAGGCCCGAGCGAGGAGGCUAGGCUCCCUCCCCUCAUCACUCCGAUUUCUAGCUUUCAGUUAUUGGCCCAACUUUCCACCAUUAGGAGGGCCCACAAAUAACCUCAAAUUAGUACCCACAGUCCCACCCAGCCGCUUGUCCCGCAACGACGCAUUCGGUGGUGAUCCGCUAUGUGUACCGAAUGGGUCAGUGUACACAGUACACGUCCUUGGCCUCCUUUUGUCACCGACUGAUUCGGUGGCUUCGCCAAUGAUCACCGUGUGAAUUGGGAAAUGUGUCGGUGCACAUCCAGUAGGAUUCGCUUCAAGUCUUCACGUGUCUUUGUCGCAGCUUCAAUAACAUCAUUUGUAUAUCUCUGGAUUUUUACUAUCAUUUGGAUACCGUAGAAUUCUUCUAA